AUGGAAAAUAUAUAGAAAAUUAGGCGCCUGUAUAAAAUAAUAUAACUUUAAAAAGACCACAAAGCAGACCUAAUACAGCAAUAAAAAAAACUAUUAAAAUAGUAAUAAGAAUAAUAAUAAUAAUAAUAAUAAUAAUAAUAAUAAUAAUAAUAACAAAAGUUAUAAUAAUAAUAAAAUAUAGGAUAAUAAUAACAAUAAAAUUAAUAAUAAUAAAUAAUUGAAACAGUUAGUGAAAAUAAUUUAAAUUUCAAUUACAAUGAUGAUAAAUAUAAAAACCUAUAAUUAGAAUUAAAUAAUAAAAUGUAAAAUUUAGGAAAUUAUAAUCCUAGUGUAGAUAAAAUGAUUAAUUUAUAUGAAGCAUAAGAUUAUGAAUUAAAAGAUAGAAUAAUGAAUUAAGAAAGAGUUAUUACAUAUUUAAUAGAAUAAUUAAAUAAUUUAGAAAGAAAUUUACAAGGAGAAUUAAGAAAAUAGAAAAUAUCAGUAGAUUUCGAGAAAGAUUAUCGAUCUAAAUUAGAAUCAAAUUUUAGGUUUGUUUAAGAUUAAUAUAAUUAAUUAAAUAAUGAUUUAUAAAAUAAAGUUGAUUUAUUAGAUUAAAAAAUAUAAAGAGAAGAUAAAAAUAAAGGAGAAUUAAGAGAAAAAUUAAUUUUAACAGAAUAAAAUUAAAAAGAAAUUUUAUUUUUUAUGAGAAAUAUGCAAUAAACAGAAACUUCGGAAAUAAUGCAAUUAAGAAGUAUGAUUUAAGAAAGAAUAACUGAAGAAUCUUCUAUAUUAUAAAAAGAAAGAGAAAAAAGUAAAGCUUUAUUUAUGGAAGUGGUCAGAUUAGGAGAAACAUAAGAAAGAUAAUUAGAAAUUUAAAGUAAUUUGUAAUCUUAAUAUGAAAACAGAAUUGCUGUUUUAGAAGCUUAGUUAAAUGCAGGUUAAAAGUCUGUUACAUAAUUAGCCCAGAAAGGAGAUUUAGGAUUAAAUUUUAUAAAUGAAUGGAAUGAAAAAUUAGAUAAAAGAACUUAGUAAUUGGAAUAAAAUAUGAUAUAAAUUAAUAAAGAAUUAGUAAGAGAUAAAGAUUAAAUUUAAUUAUUAGAAGAUUAUAAUUAAAAAUUUAAACUGAUGUAAAAGGUAUUUUAAGAACACUAUAAAAUGAUUAUGAUAGUAAAUUAGAAAUAAGAGUUAUAGAAAUAGUAAAUAGAAUAGUAAUGGAACAUGAAGAACGAGUAAGACAAAAUGAAGAACUGAAAUAAAAUAUAGAUAUCCGUGACAAAUUAAAUUAGGAGAAAAACUAAUACGAAAAAGAAGAAAUGAGGGAAAGAUAUUAAGGAUUAGAUGCCCUUAUUAGGAUUGAAUUUCAAAGAAAAGAUGAAGCAAUAAGAUCUAUAUAAUAAAUUUUUGAAAAUCAAGUAAAAGGAAUUUAAAAUGCUAUUCGAUUUGAAGAAUAAAGCCGGAUAUAAUAAGAAAAUGAAUUUAGAAAUGAAAUCUUAAAAAUGUAAGAGAUUUUUUAAAGAGAAUAUGAUAUUUUUAAAAAUUAAUAAUCUAAUAUUACUGAAAAAAUAACUGAAAUGAUGAAAAUUGAAAUUUAAACUAGAUUAAAUUCUGAUGUAGAUCUAAAAAAUUUAACAAGUGCUAAUAGCAAAUGAUAUUGUUUAAGAUUUAAAUAAUGUAAAAGAUUCAAUAGAAGUUUAUAAUAAAAAAAUAUAAGAAUAGAUUAAGGAAAAUAGAUUAGAAGGAGCAAGUCGAGCAGAAUAGUUAAGUCGAUAUAUAGAUGAAGAAGUUAAAAAAGUAGUUGAAAUAUUUGCUAAAAAACAUGAAAAAACUAAAACUAUGUUCACUAAAUUAGCUGAAUAGUUCAAAACCAUUUAAUUAAUACAGAUAUUAAUAGAAAAGAAGUCGAAAAAAAAUUAUUUAGUUGGAAAAACAGGCGAAGAUGCUAGAACAGAGACUUAUAAGCUUAUUGGGGAUACUUAAAAAGCUUUUGAUGGUAGACUUUUAGAUGAAAAAAGGAAUCUUGAAAUACAUAUUGAUACUAUAGCAUCGGCUAUGUAGAAUAGAAUGGGUUAGAUUCAAGAAGAAGAAAAAAAAGACUUGGAAUUUGUAAAAGAAGCGAUUGAUAAUACACGUAGAAAUGUGUAAUAAUAGG